AGCUGGAGGAGGCUGUGGGAGGUGGUGGCGGCUGCAGCGCGGGCGCCGGAGGAGGAGGAGGAGGAGGAGAAGCGGCGCUGAGCCGUGGGUUGUCUCCAGCUGCCAGAGAAUUAGCUUCCCGGGCCCACGGGGCCGGUCCCGGUGCACUCGGUGGGGUCUUCGAGGCUGUGCAGGGGUGAGGGAGGUGCUGAUGUGCAGGCUACAGGGCCCAGCAGAGUGCCGCCCAGCUUGUGGGAGCCUUCCGGCCCAUGCCCAGCUGUGCCCCCAGGCUGCCUGCUGUCCACAGAACAGCAUGGGGCCCGACAGAGUGACAGCCCGGGAACUGUGUGAGAACGAUGACCUGGCCACCAGCCUGGUCCUCGACCCCUACCUCGGCUUCCGCACCCAUAAGAUGAACGUCAGGUGUGCCCUCUCUCCCAGCCCCGUGCCCACCUUGCGGCGACAGCAGCACCUGCGCUCGGCCCUGGAGGCCUUCCUGCGGCAGCGGGACCUGGAGGCUGCCUACCAGGCCCUGACCCUGGGAGGCUGGAUGGCCCACUACUUCCAGAGCCGGGACCCGCGGCAGGAGGCUGCCCUCAAGACCCACGUGUUUCGCUACCUCCGUGCCUUCCUGCCUGAGAGUGGCUUCACCAUCCUGCCCUGUACCCGAUACUCCAUGGAGACCAACGGGGCCAAGAUCGUGUCCACCCGCGCUUGGAAGAAGAACGAGAAGCUGGAGAUGCUGGUGGGCUGCAUCGCUGAGCUGCGGGAGGCCGACGAGGACCUGCUGCGGGCCGGUGAGAACGACUUCAGCAUCAUGUACUCCACCCGCAAGCGCAGUGCACAGCUGUGGCUCGGCCCUGCCGCCUUCAUCAACCACGACUGCAAACCGAACUGCAAGUUUGUGCCCGCAGAUGGGAAUGCAGCCUGCGUGAAGGCACUUCGGGAUAUCGAGCCGGGGGACGAGGUGACGUGCUUCUACGGCGAUGGCUUCUUCGGUGAGAAGAAUGAGCACUGUGAAUGCUACACCUGUGAGAGGAAGGGGGAAGGAGCUUUCCGCCUGCGGCCCCGGGAGCCCGAGCUGCCUCCACAGCCUGCUGACAAGUACGCAUUCCGGGAGACCAAGCGGCGGCUACAGCGAGGCCGGGACAGUAGAUGGCAGAGCCGGCUGGGCCCACGGGCCUGCACCCACCUGUCCCCCUUGCGCUGGGACGCGUUCUGCGCUAUCUGCCAGCCCCCACGCCUGCCGGCCUGCAUCUCCCCUCUGGACAGCUUGCCGCUCUGGCUCCAGUGGCUGCCCCAGCCCCAGCCACGAGCCCGUCCCCGGAAGCGCCGACGCCCCCGGCCCCAGCAGGCCCGGGUGCCCCCCGCCCUCCGUGAGGCUCAGGUCUCCCUGCACCGCUGGGGAGGUUGCAGCCCCCACUGCCGCUUGCGGGCAGAGGCCCUGGUGGCCCUGGGGCUGCCCCAUCGUGCCCGCUGGGCCCCCCAGCAGGACUGGCACUGGGCCCGCCGGUACGGGCUGCCUUACGUGGUGCGUGUGGACCUCAACCGCCUGGCCCCGGCCCCACCAGCCUUCCCUGCCCCCACCGGCACCACAGGCCCCAUCCUCGCUCCGGUCCCCGUUCCCAAGCAGGCCCUCGCCUUUGCCUCCUUCUCCCCGCCCAGGCGCCUGCGGCUCGUGGUGAGCCAUGGCUCCAUCAACCUGGAUGUCAACAGCGAGGGGUUAUAAUGGGCCAGGUGAGGCGGGGCCUCCCUCCCACCCUAGGAGGGGUUAGCUACCCAUCCCCAGGGUCUGACCCCUGCCCCUCUGUGACUGCUGUCUCCUGAGCCACCCGACCCAGCAGGGAGCCCUGGCCUUUGCUAUCUGUCCUUGCUGCACCCCCUCAGGACUACAGGAGCCCCUCUCCCCUCCUGCCCUCCCCAGGGAGCAAAGCCAUAAGAGGGUGGGGACACCCCAUGGCAUCUCCCCAGAAGCCAGGCCUUGAGGAGGUAGAACCAGGGGUGGCCCUCCAGGACGGGGAGUGGGUUUGCUCUGUCCGACGUGGGGGGCAGUGGGUGGGGGGUGUCAGGGCACGUCCCCCUCACUGCCCGUGGGUCUCAGGGAGGCUGGGUGCGACCUCAUCUUUCUAUGGUGCUAUCCCUGGUGCUACUAGGGUGUGGGGGGCUCCCUCCCCUCGCCACACCAGAAUGGGGUAUGUUGGGGGAUUGAAACCACUUGAACUUUUUAUUUUAUUAAAACCUUGUUAUAAGCAGUG